AUGGGUGGCGCGACUAAGAGGUCUUCAAGCUAUUGCGAUUUCGGCAACGCUUUGGAAACGACCUUGAGGGAUCGUUUCGUUCUCGGCCUGGGCCCAGGUCCAGAACGCGAUAAGCUGUUCGAGCAGAACCCAUCCACACUUACGCUGAAACGUGCUAUCGAGCUGGCUGAGCAGGCAGCUUGCGCCAAACAGGCGAGUGUAAUGAUGUGCAGCAGUGAAGCUGUCCGUGUUAAGGAGGAGCUGGUAUACCGAGUG